AUGAAGCUGCUGCUGCUGCUGCUGCUGCUGCUGGCUUUGGAGCUGACUCUAGUCUGUGUCCACGCAGAAGGAGAAACUAGUGCCAUGGGAGAGAACUUUAAUCCAAGAAAGAUUGAGGGGAAAUGGUAUUCCGUUGGCUUGGCCUCUGACAAAAGAGAAAUGAUAGAAGAAGAUGGCAGCAUGAGAGUUUUUGUGGAGGACAUCCAUGUCUUCAAGAACUCUUCCUUAGCUUUUAAAUUCCAUACUAAAAUAAAUGGAGAGUGCACCGGGCUGUAUUUAGUUUGUGAUGAAACAGAAAAGGAUGGUGAAUAUUUUGUUGAAUAUGAUGGAUACAAUAAAUUUACUAUACUUGAUACAGACUAUGAUGGUUAUAUUAUAUUUCAUCUCAGAAAUGUCAACAAUGGGGAAACAUUCCAGCUGAUGGAGAUCUAUGGCCGGAAACAAGACUUGAGUUCCAAAAUCAAGGAAAAGUUUGUGGAGCUCUGCAGGAAGCAUGGCAUUGUUGAGGAAAAUAUAUUGGACCUAACUGAGGCUGAUCGCUGUCUCCAGGCCCGAGAUGGAGGAAAGGCCUGA